AUGUCGGAUUGUUGUGAUAUAGGAGAGUCGACAUCGGACUUCUAUAUUAGUCCACACGAGUUAUCGCAAAAGUCUGUUGCUGGCCCUGGUGGCAAGAAAGGUAAAGAUAAAAAGCAGGACAGAAAAGAUGAUGUGUAUGAAAAUGCUUCAGAACUUGCUCCUAUUAAAACAAAGACAUAUGCUGGUGAAGAAAAUGUUUAUGAAAACCCAGAACAAUCAAAAUCAACACCAAAGGUUAACAGGAACAAGGAUGGAUUGAUAUAUGCUGACCUGGCCUUCAAUGACCAACCAAAGGGACAGAAAAAACUGGUUAUUCAUGGACUUGAUGAUAUGACAGAAUAUGUUCAGGUUGAUUUCACAAAGAAAGCUGACCCCUUGCCAGACAGCGAUGAAGAAGAGUCAGCACCAAAGAAAUGAUUAUUGACUUCUUAUCAUAACUUUAAUUUAUAUUAAUAGUGCAUAAUGAUAAUGGAAGUUAGACAAAGUGAUCUUUUUAUUUUAUUUAAUUACAUCAAGAUCUUCCAGAAAAAAACUCUUUUUUUUCAAAUCUGUUCUAUAAUGUUUCUCAGAAACAUUCUACAAUAUUUGACAUUAAAUUAUUAUUCAUUUAUUUUUUAUAAUAUUUUAUCUUGAGCUUUAUUCUCAGUACAUUGUUGCUUAAUGAUCAUUCUUCAGUGAAGCAAUUCUUUUGCAUUCAAAUUUAUUAAAGCCCUCUUUCAACUGAGAUAACAUGAAGCAAAUGGUCAUUUGUAUUUUUGUAAUGUUAUCUUUUUCUAUAGUUAAUUUAAAUACAUUUUUGAAUAAACAACCAAAGUACAAGUUGAUUAUAUUUUAACUAACAAAAUAAGAUUGAUCAACUUUUUUUUCUAAUUACACAAUAUAUAUUGCAUUUUAGCACUUUUAGAAUGUGCUCAUAAAAUACCUAGUGAGGUGCUUUUUAGCAGCAUCGUAUUAACCUAUUAUUCUUUUUUUGUUAGCCGCAUCUUCUAAGUUUGCAACAUCAUCUAUUUAAGCAAGCGGUGAAUAUAAAACAUUGUCAAACGUUUUUUCAUACAUAUAUAUUCUAUUUUUAUAUAGAUAUUUUUAUACUUGUUACUAUUUUUUUAAAUUUGUUAUUAGUACAUUAUUAUUCAAGCUAUAUAUAUAUGUGAGUUAUGAUAUAAAUUUCUUCUGUGUUACAAUGGAUGCUACCAAUGUAUUAAUUGAAGAUAAAUAGUAAUGCUUUUUAUGCCACCACAGCAGCUGCAAUUUACCUCUGUGUGUGUAUGUGGGUGGGUGGGUGCGUGCGUGUGUGUAUGUAUGUGUGUUAUAUAGACUAUAUAGUGAACCUUCUUGUGAAAAACCACUAGUCCAAUUUCAACCAAACUUGGCAGGAUUGAUCAUUUGGCGAAGAGCAAAGAAUGUGAUUAUAUGCAGAAUUCUGGUUGCCAUGGCAACCGAAAGGAAUUAUAAGAAUACAUUUUAAAAAAUCUUCAUGUAAAGACCCUAAAGAGCUAGAUCAUAGACAUUUUGCAUAAGGCUUUGUCUGGUAGACCUCUACCAAGAUUAGUCAAAUUAUAGCCCUGGGGUCAAAAUUGGCCCCACCAUGGGGAUCAUUGAUUUUCAAUGUUAAUAUAGUAAAAGCUUCAAAGAUCAUCUUGUCUGAAUGUAUAAGGCUUAGAGCUUUGCUUUUUGGUAUAUUAUUUCAUCUAUAGGUCCUCUACCUAGAGCUGUCAUUGAUUCAGUGCAAAGCAUAUUGAUGAUAUACCGAUAUUGGAUGACAAAUAUUGGUGAUUCACCAAUAUAUCGAUAAAUGCUCCUAAUAUCUUGUAUAUUAUUAGUUAUAAAGAUUGUUGACAGGUUAUAUGGUCCUAUAUAAAUGGCUAUUUGUAAAUAUAACCCGAGCCGCUAGGCGAGGGUUAUAUUGCAAACAGCCGUUUAUAUAGGACUGCCUCUACUAAAGUUGUUCUAUUUUUGCAUCUAGUGUCAAAAUAAGCCCGUCCCGAGGGAUUCAUAGGUUUAUAUGUAUAUAGUAAAAACUUUAAAAUCUCAUCUCUGAAAUGACAAUGGCUAGAGGUUAGAUAUUUUGCAUGACACAUUGCAUAGGGGACCUCUACCAAGUUUGUUUAAAUCAUAGCCCUGGGGUUAAAAUUGGCCCCGCCCAGGGGGUCAUUGAUUUUCAUAAUGUACAUAUUGUAAAAAACAAAAAUAAAACAAUGUUUUCUGAAAAGGAGAAAGCUAGAGCUUAGAUAUUUGACAUGAAACAUUGUCUGGUUGCCCUGUAUCAAGAUUGUUUGAAUUUCACACUUGGGUUUAAAUUUUGCCUUGCCCAAGGGACAGUGACUUACUUUCUUGUCCUUUGAUGUACAGCCUUGAAAUUUGGACCAUGUACACAGUUUUAGAUGUAGAAUUGUAAUUUGAUAUCAGCUGACCUAGCUUUUGAUUAUGUGACCUACUUUCUUGUCCAGUCAUGAUAUUAAGGCCAUGUGAAAUAUCACAUUUACCACCAAAUUCACUAGACUCAACUGUAUUAUGGCAAAGUUCAA